AAGGGCAAAAUAUUUCUGGAAGCCUAUGGCAAGGUUCAAUGAAACUGCAGCAGAUGAUAUCAAUCUCUCUGUACUAUGACUUGAUGCUCGCCCACGUGAAAAUGAUUUCGUAUAGUACGAUGAGAAAUUAUGACUUCCUCCAAUAGAUGCCUAUUAAUAGGUGUCUCCUGAUUUCCCUUUGUUCAAUCCUACUGCCCUUUCUCUCCAAAAGAAAAUAAUAUAUACAUACAACUGAAAAAAGAAAAGAAAAGAAAAAAACAAGCUUUCAAGAAACUGAUAUUCAUGGAAGAAAUUAUGUCAAAUUUUCCUUCUUCAGCUUCAAUGAUAUCCUUUUGUCAAGAAUCCUUACCUCCACUCCAGCAACGCCUCCAGUAUAUCCUCCAAAGCAGGCCUGAAUGGUGGGUUUACGCCAUCUUCUGGCAGGCUUCCAAGGAACCUAAUGGCCGCCUUGUUUUAUCAUGGGGUGAUGGUGAUUUCCGUGACUCUAAAGGUCUUGCAGUAAAACCUAGCAAUAACAAGCAGAACCAACUCAAAUAUGGAUUCAAUCUUGAAAGAAAGAAGGUCACUAGAGAUUUCCAAUCUCUUUUUGGUGAUGAAAUGGAUCUGGAAAGAUUAGCAGAUGCUGAUGUUACAAAUUAUGGGUGGUUCUAUACAGUAUCAGUCACUCAAUCGUUUAAUGUUGGAGAGGGGAUUUUAGGCCAAACAUUUGGUUCCGGUACUUUCACUUGGUUGACUGGUGACCAUGAACUUCAGUUGUAUGAAUGUGGAAGAGUUAAGGAGGCUCGGAUGCACGGGAUACAGACUUUAGUCUGUAUUGCUACUUCUACCGGAGUUGUUGAAUUGGGAUCCUCGAAUAUGAUCAAUGAAGACUGGAGCCUAGUGCAACUGUGCAAAUCCCUCUUUGUUCAAGAUGUUACCUGCUUGAUCCCCAAGCAGCCCAGGCCCGAGGCUCAGCUUCAAAUCCCCGACAGAAGUGCUUCUGUUCUUGAUAUUGGUAUGUUUUCAGGUUGCCAAAAGCAGGCCUCUCCGGAGACGCAUAAUGAAGGGGAUAUAAAGAAAGAUGCCACCAAUGACCUAGGCCGCUCAUCUUCUGACUCUGGACCUUUUGAUUCUGAUGGCAAUUUUGCUGUUGAAAGCACUGAUCGGAUCAAGAAAAGAGGAAGAAAGCCAGUUAAGGGCAAAGAAUUGCCUCUAAACCACGUGGAAGCCGAGAGGCAGCGAAGAGAGAGGCUUAAUAAUCGAUUCUAUGCACUCCGGUCUGUGGUUCCUAAUGUGUCAAAGAUGGAUAAAGCAUCUUUGCUUGCAGAUGCAGUGACCUAUAUCCAGGAGCUUAAGGCCAAAGUUGAUGAAUUAAAGACACAAGUACAACUAGUAUCAAAGAAAUCCAAGAUUAGUGGUAACAAUGUGUUUGACAAUAAUUCAACCAGUUCCAUGAUUGAUCGUCAUUUGAUGACUUCCUCCAUUUAUAGAGCUAAAGAGAUGGAAGUGGAUGUGAGGAUUGUAGGAUCGGAAGCCAUGAUCCGAGUUCGGUCCCCCGACAUUGAUUACCCAGCUGCAAGAUUGAUGAAUGCAAUUCGAGAACUUGAAUUUCAAGUUCAUCACGCAAGCAUAUCAAGCAUCAAGGACGUGGUGCUUCAAGAUAUUGUGGUUAGUAUUCGUGAUGGAUUGACUAGUGAAGAGGUCGUAAGAACUGCUAUUAUUCAAAGUCUAAUGCAAAACUAAGAGCUACUCCAAAUGGUUUAAUUAAUAACCUUAUUUGAGAAGUAAUUGUACAUGAGAUAUUAUGUGGAGCCCAAGUAGCCCUUAAAUUAAGGUGAAGUUCUUCACUUAAAGGACAUAAAAUGCUGUCAACAUGUGCUUAAUUCUGAUUUGCUCUUCCUAAUCUUAAUGUUGCCUAAGUUAUCUUAAUUUAAAUAUGUACGUUCAUAUGUGGAGAAGGUAGAUAUUUAAAGUGCUGAUAGUUGUUUAAGAGUUCCUCGUAUCAUUAUAGCUUCUUGUAUGUUGUCCAAGUGGAGGCCAGAAAGUAUGGAAUUACUCCAUGGUUGUUUCCUAAAUGGAAUUUUUAUCUUACUCA